UUUUUUAAGAAAGAGAGGCCUUGUAAGUAGUAAACUCCUUAAGCUGAAGAGUCGUUAAGCCGAGAAAGCUAACAAAUUGAUUGCCUUCUCAUUCAAAGGAGCAGGAAGGGAGUUUGAUUAAAAACCUUCAAGGUGUUAGGAAUCAAUUGACGAAGAAAUUUACAGAUAUUAAAAUUUUAAGUCUUCCACGGGCUCUCUCUCUUUCUUAUCCCGCCUCUUAAGGUAAGGCGAUUUUUAUCGAGGAUAUCAAUCAUAAUAAAUAUAGUAGACAAAACCAACCAUUAGCCCUGUCUCUUGCUGUGAUUUCACCAAGCCAAGUUAGCUCGAAAGCAAGUCACAAUCAGAUCAGUUAAGAUAGUUUUCAAGCAUUCUAUGAGUUAAGGAGGUGACUAAGCAAGUCCUAUUGCAGUCCUAAGGAAGUAAUAAGUAAACUCUCCUGGCCAGUUAGUUGAAAAGCCAGGAGUGAAGCAGUCUAGUUCUUAUCCUUGUCAUUUCUAUCCUAAUGCCUUUGCUUUCGCCUUCCCUUCUUAAUCUCUUUCAUUUCAUGUCGAUCCAGCCGAGGCGAGGGAAUAGGUGAAUACAGUAGAUCUAUACGAGGGACGUUCAAUAUCUUACUCGCGCUCGUACUCAAGGAGGUAAUAGUUUCUCUAGGAGGGCUAAGGAUAAUUCCAUUGUAGGUUAAAAAAGAUAAUAGGUAGAUUUCUUCCCUUAUAUCAUUUUAUUUUAUCUCUAGGCUAUAGCAUUUGAAAGCCUUUACAUCAGUCCCAGGCUCUUUUACUAUUAAGAUGACUUCGUCCCCGGAGUUGUAUUUUAAACAAAUGAGAGCAGACUCUUCGCAUCUUUUUCUAGCUAGUAAGUGAAGUCAGUGAGCAGGCUUAGGAAAGUAGAGAGCAAGGAAAAGCAUCCAACCAAUCCAGUUUCACCAAUCCUGUUAGGCUGUUUUGGAAAGCCAGCGAGCUUUAGGGCAAGGAAGUGAAAUUGUUGAUGCGGAGAAUGCCCUCUUUCUCUUUAAAGGAGAAAGAGUUUACCACGUGCACAGAAUCGAAUGCUAGUUCGUACCCAAGGGAUUAGAUAUUCCUAGAUGGGCUUGUUCUUGAAUGCGCAGGGAUUGGGACUAAUAAGACUGCUGCCAUUCCAUUCAGGUAAUGCAAUUGUGAAUGUCCGAUCAAUAGCAAUAGUGCUGUGGCACUUCUUAAUUACUUUCCUGUUGAGCAUAACUUCUGGAGGAUUUGAUAUGGAUGUCACUUGCUCUAGAAUUAUAAGUUUCCUAAUCGAAUAGGAUAGGAAUUCCCGGUGCAGUGCCUUCUUUUCAAUUGAAAUUGAAGUCAGUUCUCCUUCAUUUGUCUUUGCUGGAAUUGAAUUCAAGCUCGGCUGAAUACUUUUGUUUUUGUUUUUGCCCGUCAGUCAUAAUUAUGUAUGGUCUGAUGCUUUUGACUUUAUUUUAUUAACGUCUUGCUGUGGUAUCAUAAUAUAGAAAGCUCUCGCCUCUUUGCUUAGAAAGACUUUGGUGAGGCAUUGGUUACGGUUCCUGGAGGUUACUUCGCUUACCGCCUAAUCCUAAUCUAAUCCCCGUCCUUUUUAUUAGUGGAAUUGGCUGUUAUCAAGCCAGAUGAAAUAGCUUCAAAACACUCAUCAUGUCAUGCCAUUUCCCUUAAAUCAAGUCCCAAUCCCAAGGCAUAACCAGAAUCAGAAGAGGGGGGCUUCCCUACUUCCAUAAAUAGGGGUUAAACAGGCUCUUCAAGGAAGUCCUCCUAUCAAGAGGCAUUAUCGGCUUUUCUUUUCCACUCCUUAAGUCAUCUAACUGGGACAUCUGUCCUUUGCAAGCCCUUCUCGGCAAGGCCAGCAUCUCGAAAUGAAAAGAUGUCUUAUUGUGAAGAAGUACUACCAACUUUGAAACUACUUUAUCUUAGCUUGUAGCUAGGAAACUCUCUCCAAAGGUUCUACAAAUUUACGUGAGAAUUCGAUCAUUUUAUUUUCUUCAUAUGGAGCAGAGAAGAAGGGUUUGAAUGAAUGGUAUUCAAUGAAUGAGUAUCUAUUCUACUAGCAAAUAGCUAGAUGCUAAAAAAAGUAAAGGCAAUUUAGUGGAUUAUACCGAUUUGCCAUGGCUAUAGCUAGCAGCAAUGGCGAAGUUUUGGAUCUCGGCGAAUAGACCGUUAAUCUUGAAAGAGAGGAUUCUGCCCAUGUCUUUAAUCUUCCUUGAUAACACUCGAUAGCAUACAAUUACUGAUUCUUAAGCUAGGAAGCAUCAAAAGCAAUCUGACGGCCUGGGAUAUGAUUAAGGCCUUUGAAUUGAAAUUAGAAGUCUUUAUGCCUCUAGAUUCUAAAUUGGGGGGGGGUUAUGCAUCUUAUAAGAAAGUAUGGCAUCAGUCGAAUCGAAGAUGGACAGUGAAUCAACAGAAUAGGCUUCAUGCCAACUCGGAAGAGAAGGAGCUGUUGUUGCCUUAAGAGUUUUGGAUAGUAAAGCACCAGUCCUUAAGCCGCAUGCUUGAUUGCCUUUCUUACGUUCUGACUUUCCUGUUGUCGGAAUAAACGCUCUCUUGUCGCAAUUGAAUCUGAAGGGCUUGUUCUCGCUUCUUGCUGCAAGAAAAGAAGGGGUUGCUAUUGAAUCGUCUGUGAACGAAUCUACUCUUAUCUUAUAGCGAAAGGCAAGGCGAUGAAUUCAAUCCUUAUUAAAUAAAGCAAGAGAGGUAAUAACACCCGGGUUAGAUAAAUUAAGCCUAAGCCUACCCUUAUGCUGAAAGAUUCCAAUUCAAGGGGCUUUCCUUGACUUGAGAAAAGAUUAGCAGUCGAUUUGUGACGCUAACUCCAAUUCGUGAAAUUUCAUAAGAGAGUAGAAAAGAAUGCUUUUGGCUCUCGCUCAGAGCUAAAUGAAAGUUUUGAUUUGAUGAAAACAGAUAUAUAGAAAGUGUGAAGUGAAAAAUCUUUCUAGGUAGUCAACAAUUGCGUAAGAGAAGAAAGCUCGUCUUCUAGGGUAGAGUCUCGGUCUGGAAGUGUCUUUCUCCUAAGACUUGACAGCGGUAAAUAAAAAAAUAAAAUCACACCAUCUCUGUAAUAAGUAAAUGCCUCUUUUUCUCCCGAAGUUGUCGGAAUUAUUCGUAAUAAGAUAUUGGCUACAACUGAAAAAGUCUUAUCAAUAAAAUUUCCAGUUAUCCGAGAUCUAGGCAUAGGUAGCAAUCCAUUUUAUAAUUUCUUUUAAUUACCUCUCAUGAGAAAACGAUCCCACAAAAAGUAGUUGUACAGUACAAAAUAACAUAAAAAACAGACUCAAUUCAUAAAAAAAAAAAAAAGAGAUAGAAAACACCAUCUUUUAUCAUUCUGGGAAAGAAGUCACUUGGUAUUGGAUCCGCUCUUCUCUCGUGCUCUUCUGGGCGGUACAAAUAAAUCCGGAAUGAGCACACCGAUAACGCCUAACGCCGGACCGGAACUCUUCCCUUCAAACUAAAUCCCUUCUAUUGCGGGUUUCGAACUACUCGCUACUAUAGUGAAAAAGUCCAGUUGACGUAGCGUAGGUGGAAGAAGAUCGGACUCAGUUCCUUUUCGUGAUAACUUCAUUCUUGGUCCGGUGGGUUAGAAGCAUAAUAAGAGAUUCCCCAUCCCGGAAUGAAGAUUAAUGCUUGAAUAGUCUUUUCCCGAGCCCAAGGAGAUAAAUUGAUCCCCGCCUCUGGCUGCUCCUGCCCCUUAAUACCUUUUGAAAAGGGUUCAAACUAAGAAGAGUAUGCCUCGAAAGGAAAUGGCCUGGACAUUAUUUUAUUUUAUUUUGGAAAUCCAUUUUUUAAUAUCUAGUUUCUCUGAUGAUGCUUAACCGCUCGUCGAGCAGCUUUUCAUUUUCUUUUUCUUCGAUGUAAACUGCGAUUCUUCAUUCAUUGUAGCAUCUUGCUUUGCUCCACGCUGGCACAAGGGUUUUAAGAGAAGAGGGGAGUGUUUUUUUGUUUGCUUAAAGUUUAUGUCUUUUGCUUUCCUUCUUGGGAAAUGCAUUUUUAGGGCAAGAGUCUGAACUUAGGGAACGCGGGGUUGACUGCACUCAACAAAAAAUCAAAGCGAGUCAACCCAUUCAUUACUGGUGAUCAAAGCAAAGUAGAUUCAUCGGAAGGACAGUCUAUCCUUUAUUCUCACCACAUUCUCUCCUCAAUACAACACUAGAACGAAAAGAAGAAGGAGAAGCUCAUGACUUUCCACUUCCUUUCUUUUAAACGAGAUUGGAACCGGAUAGCUCUUUCAUCCAUGAUCCGAGAGUCCGUCCAAUAUGUCGGCCAGCUUUCUUUGGCAGGUUCACAGUGGAAAGUGGAUCAGGCAGAUCAAGCUUCAAGGCUUCAAAACAUGGAUAACUUAGAGAUAAAAAUAGGGAUAGGAGUUUUCACUUCCCUCUCCUUUUAGGCGAGCAUCUUCUCUUCUCUUUGCGAUUAUCAGUCUAAACCAACAUAUCUUAUUGAUUGUCGCUUAUCGGCUGUAACAUAUCUGAUUGUUUUCGCAUAUCAGUUGUAUGCCUUAGCAACGAGGCAGCACCACUAUCCGAAAUUAGGGAUUUCGGAUAAGAAAUCUUAACACCUAAUUUGGACAGAUAGUGCUGAGCCAACCUAGCUACUUCUGUGUCGGCAAUGACCACAUCAUCACCGAGUACCCCAUAACGAUCGAAAUAACGACCUGGGUACGCCUCCUGCGCGCAGUGCCAAAUCAAAAGAUGAUUUGACAAAGCGAACAAGGGCCAAGACGACAGAUAUCCGAGGGGUUUCCCUGCUGUAAAUGUCACUUGAGAGUGCUUCUUUCUCUGGUGACACGUCUCCGUUUAUUUUUUGUCUUUUUUGCGGUCAUUACACACUGUUUUCUGUCUACUGUUAGGUCGUUGCAGUUUGUGUUCAGUCUUAUAUUGAGUCAAUGCCAGAGAUUAGUUUUCUUCAUCAAGUUCUUUUGUUUGAGCCCUAUAUAUUCCAAUGAUGUUGUGGAUAGAAGUUUGCAGGCCUCAAAUUGGGCUUUAACUGUAAGUAAGUGCAAAAACAAGAGCA